GCAGGACCGGGAGGCGGGGCCCGCGGCUGGAGGUCGGCUAGAAGGGGCCUGGGAGCGGUGUCUGGCUUCAGCCAGACGCGGACCUCUGUGCUGCAGUCCCCGCCCGACCCUUUGGGGCCUUCCAGUCGUGGCCAGUGUUUUCAUCCUUGACACUUUGCCCCGGGUACGGGCCUCCAGGCCCAGUCUCGCCCUCCCGAAUCCGGAGACCCUCGGCCGUGUCCUUCCUGGGCGAAGCGGGCGGGUCGGGCUCCGACGCUUUGGCGGCGCCCGGAACCCCAGGCUCGCGGCUCCAGUUUCCGGCCGGCGGAGGCGCUCGGCCCCCCGAGGCCACGGAAGCGGGCUCAGGGGGCCGGGCCGAGGUCGGACCGGAGAUGGCGCCUCCAGCGGGCGGCGCGGCCGCCUCCUCGGACCCGGGCUCGCCGGCGGUGCUCUUGGCCGUGCACGCCGCGGUGAGGCCGCUGGGCGCGGGGCCGGACGCCGAGGCGCAGCUGCGGAGGCUGCAGCUGAGCGCGGACCCCGAGCGACCGGGGCGCUUCCGGCUGGAGCUGCUGGGCGCGGGACACGGGGCGGUAGGUUUGGAGUGGCCCUUGGAGUCAGUUUACUACAACGUCCGAGGCCCCAGCCAGCAUGAGCUGCAGCCUCCACCAGGAGGGCCUGGGACCCUCGGCCUGCACUUCACGGAUCCGCAGGAAGCUCAGCGGUGGGCAGCCCUGGUCCGCAGUGCCACCAUGGAAGGACAGAAUGGCUUGCCCCCAGCCCUAGGCCCAGAUACGUGCCCUGUUUCCCCGCCCAGUCCCCUUGAGGUGCCCACACCCAAGGCCCCCCAACCCAAGGUGCAUCUUCCCUGGAGCCCUGGAGACUUGUUGGAGAAAGAAGAGCUGGCAGGGCGCCUGGCUCAGGCCAUAGAAAGUGGGGAUGAGAAGCGGGCAGCCGAGGCAGCCGCCACCCUGGCCCAGCACCACGCGGCCCUCAGGAUCCAGCUGCAGGAGGCCUGCUUCCCGCCUGGCCCCGUCAGGUCCACCCCCACUGCACCGUCAGGGCCCUCCAGGAGCAGGUCUUCUCAGAGUUUGGCUUCCCUCCGGCCGUGCAGCGCUGGGUCAUUGGGAGGUGCCUGUGUGCCCCUGAGUGCAGCCUUGCUUCCUAUGGGGUCCGGAGGGACGGGGACCCGGCCUUUCUCUACCUGCUUUCAGCCCCCCGAGAAGCCCCAGGACGCAAUCCUCAGCGCCCCCAUAAGACGGAGGGGGACCUGGGCCGCCUGUUUCCUCAGUCCUUGGGGCUGCCCCGAGCCCCUCAGCCUGCCAGCUCCAGCCUCCCCACCCCCCUUCAGGUGGGCAGGGGCCCGGGCAGGGUGGGCCCAGGCAGCAGUGGGCACUGACAGGGCAGGGUCAGCAGCAACUCCUCACCUCCCUAGCCCGGCUGGUCCUGCCCUUCCUGCACCUUCAUCAACGCCCCGAGCCGACCCGGCUGUGAGAUGUGUUCCACCCAGAGGCCCUGGGCUUGGGACACCCUUCCCACAGCCUCCACCCAGCAGGUCACAAGGCGAGAGGACGGCCCGAGGUCCCUGGACCCCCUUCUGAACCUCUCCGGGAACCUGUCCUGACUGCGCCCUGGGACGGCCACGAGCGGGGGAGGAGGCUGUGAGCUGGAGUCAUUAAAGGCACUGCUGAGCUGGCU